CGUCAGCUCCUCUCACUUGCCGCCCACCAGCUUCAUCCCCUCCCUCUCUCUAUCCUUUGCACACAAUAUAUCUGCACCUGAGUGGGGUAUUGACUUCCAGCCCGCUCUUGAUGAGGGAGGAGAGAUUUGCGGGAUACCGGCGUCUUGGAUGAUACUGUACAUGACCCUCCCAAGCCCAACUCUUUACACUUCCGCGCAAUGCCGCUCAUCUCGAAGACGACCUACUGCACGCAGGGCGCUUACAUGAUUCCACCCUAUGCUCAUGGUGCAACGACAGCAAAGCUAAUUGUGAGACUGAUUACGUGUGCAAAACCGUCGCAUUUGCUACGACACACUUGGGCCUGUCCAUCAACUGUCGUCAUCAGUGACCGAUUCAUGAUUCUCAACUGCAGAGAUAGGUACAUACAGUGCAUUCAUCCUUGGAGCAUGACGGUGGGGUAUGUAGAACUACUGAGCGUAUCGAUGCUUCGAGGUAGAGUGUCGACGUACGGAUUCUCCGCGCGCGCUUACGGCCCGCAACCGGACUCCAUACAGCUGCAUCGUUAG